AUGGUGGCUGUGGUUUCCCAAGAAAAUGUUGUGGCAUUGGUUUCUCGUACCGGUAGGGAGUUGCAACGUUAUAGAAAAGGUCGUCGUCAAGUUGUGGGAUGCAUACCAUACAGAUUUAAGAAUGAGCAGAAAACUUCGAUGGACGUUUCUGAUGAAUUGGAAGUUCUGGUUAUCAGUUCUCAGAAAGGAAAAGGGAUGCUAUUCCCAAAGGGAGGCUGGGAAUUAGACGAAUCGAAAAAGGAAGCAGCUUUGAGAGAAACUAUAGAGGAAGCUGGGGUGAGAGGCAUUGUUGGGGGUAAAUUGGGUAAAUGGAGUUUCAAGAGUAAGACUCACAACACUUUCUACGAAGGCUACAUGUUCCCUUUACUUGUUCAAGAGCAAUUGGAGUUUUGGCCUGAGCAAAACGUUCGUAAACGAAUAUGGAUGAGCGUCACUGAAGCAAGGGAUGUUUGUCAACACUGGUGGAUGAAGGAAGCUCUAGACAGACUAGUAAACCGUCUAGCGGGUCAAAAAGUUGGUCGUGAUAAUAAGCAAGUUCUUGGUUCUAUAAACUGCUCGAGAGAUGCCAAAUCUGACUUGUAA